CACAACCAUUCCUACCUUAACCAAAACGCUUGAGGUUGGCGAUACCAUAUUGUACAAUAGAACAAGGAGAUCAGUUCAAAAGCCACGCAGUAAGAAAUGCCGGACCAAAUUUUGGACGAAAUAUCGCACCGCCGAUACAAUCCGCUCAAAGGAUGCUGGGUACUGGUUUCCCCUCAUCGGACAAAGCGACCAUGGCAAGGCCAGCAGGAGUCGGCAUCGAAGACUACCCUGCCGGAACAUGAUCCCGAAUGCUACCUCUGUCCUGGAAACAAGCGCGCAUCAGGCGACGUGAACCCGGCGUAUGAAAACACCUUCGUCUUCGUCAAUGAUUAUAGCGCCGUGAAGGAGGUGCAAGCUGAGUACCACGCGCCCGACCAAGACGGGACGCCGGCAAACCGCCUCCUCCGCGCCGAACCCGUCACAGGCAAAUGCUAUGUCCUCACCUUCUCCCGCUCCCACCGCCUCACCCUCGCCGACAUGACCCCCGCGCAAAUCCUCCCCAUCAUCCACGCCUGGACAGACAUCUACACCGCGCACCUGGACCCGACGUCCCCGCUCGCCGCGCACUCCACCUCCACCACCGUGCCGCCCACUAGCCACCGUCCGGCCACGACCAGCGCACCGCAGAAGCAAUACCGCUGGAUGCAGAUCUUCGAGAACAAGGGCGCGGCGAUGGGCUGCUCGAACCCGCAUCCGCACGGGCAGGUGUGGACGACCGACUCGCUCCCGGAGGAGCCGGCGGCAGAGUUGGAGCAGAUGCAGCGGUAUCGGCGGGAGCAGGGGGGAGUGCAUUUGUUGGGGGACUAUGCGGCGCUGGAGGCGGAAAAGGGGGAGCGGGUAGUGUUUGAGAAUGGCGGGUUUUUGGCCGUGUGUCCGUGGUGGGCGGUGUGGCCGUUCGAGGUGAUGAUCGUGGCGAAGGAGCAUAAGCGUGCGUUGGUGGAUUUCAGCGAGGGGGAGCGGGUGGAGUUGGCGGAGUGCAUUGCAGAGGUGGUGAGGCGGUAUGAUAAUUUGUUUGAGACGCAGUUUCCGUAUAGCAUGGGAAUCCAUCAGGCGCCGUUGACGGGGACGAAGGAGGAGAUUGACGCGAGCUAUUUCCACAUCCAUUUCUACCCACCGUUACUGCGCAGCGCCACGGUUCGGAAAUUCUUGGUUGGGUAUGGCAACUUCCAGCAUAUUCCGUUGAUUUUCGCUAACAACCUCUAGCUACGAACUGCUCGCCGAGCCCCAACGCGAU